UCUCCGCAUCUCUGCUCCACUACCCUUAAUGCUGCCACUGGAUGGCUGCGCGUCGCACUUCGACGUGAGAUCAUAUAUUGAGGGCUUCAUCUGAUUAGAGAAUGCAAACAAACAUGACAGACAGUACGACUUCUGAUCCAUGCCCUGUUCCUAAUCCGACUAUUGUUGACCCGUCGGCUGUGCGAAACGGACAAUGCGCCGCUGCCCAGGAUCCGAACCUACCCAAAAGAGGGAGCCAGGACGAUCCUUUUAACAUGGACCGGGACCAGGAGAUGAAAAUCACAGAUAGCGUUGAGGGCCAAGGACUCUUGGAGAGCAGCAUGCGCCUGAAGCCUCACGAAGCUCAGAGUUACAGGAAGAAAGCUUUGUGGGUGUCCUGGAUCUCCAUUGUGGUGACACUCAUCCUGGCUGUGGCAGGCUUCACUGCAUCCUUCAUGAGACACAGCGCAUCAGCUUUUGGAUUUGCCUUUGAUGCAUCGUUAGAUGUUCUUUCCUCCAUUAUAGUGCUGUGGCGCUAUAGCAACGCUGCAGCAGUGCACUCUGCCCAUAGAGAAUACAUAGCAUGUGUGAUCCUGGGAGUGAUUUUCAUCUUGUCUUCUAUGUGUAUUUUGGGGAAGGCCAUCCAUGAUCUGGCCACCAAACUUCUUCCUGAAGUGGGUGACUUCCUGUUCAGCGUUUCUAUCGUCAGUGGCCUCAUGUGUGUCAUUCUUGCUGUUGCCAAGUUCAUGCUGGGAAGGAUUUUGACCAGCAGAGCUCUAAUCACUGAUGGCUUUAAUUCUAUGGUUGGAGGCAUCAUGGGAUUUUCCAUCCUCAUCAGCGCUGAGGUGUUUAAACAUCAUCCCACCAUCUGGUACCUGGACGGAACCACUGGGGUCCUGAUUGGACUCAUCAUUCUAGCUUAUGGGGUCAAGCUGUUGAUCGACAUGGUGCCGCGAGUAAGACAGACUCGAAACUAUGAGCGCUUUGAGUAACGCUGGUUCAGAAGAACAAAAAAGGCAUCAUAUGGAUCCAGUUAUCCCUCUCGGCUCCUGCUGCUCUCUCAACUCACACGAUACCCAAAUACAUCCAGGAAUGAAGUCUGCUGGCAGCCAAUUCAGCAUCAUGUAUUGUAGAAUCCCCAGUCUGACCAGCUCCUGAUGUCCUCUUUCACUCAGCACAACAUUUAAGAGAAGGAAGGAGGAAGAAGAAAGAGCUGAUCAGUGGAUCCGUGUCACUCCUAGCACUCAAGAUAUCAU